AUGGAUGUCCUCCCGACCAUCACUCAAGACUCGCCCCUCGCCGCGGCUGUUGCCAGCGUCAUCCAGCCUAAGCUGGUCGAGAUGGGUUGGAGUACAGAUGACGGCCAAGAGUCUGCUUUGAUUGAAUAUAUCGUGCUCAUGCUCAUUAACGGCAAGUCACAAGAGCAACUCGCAAAUGAGCUUUCAAACGACUUCUUGGGCCUGGACGAAGGCGACACACAAGCGCUCGAGUUUUCAAAUUGGCUUUUCGGCCAGGUACAAAUGCUGAACCAGCAGAUUAAUGGAGGCCCGGACGUGGGAUCGAAUGGUAUCGCCGAGGGCCAACAAAGUGCUCCCGCAGGCCUGAACCCCGAGGCGCCUGGAUUCCAGAUGAAUGGAGAUGCCGAGAUGGGUGAUGUGGGCGAUUCAGUACCAACCGGACCGAAAGCGAUGCGUGGUGGACGAGGUGGUAGGGGGCGGAUGCUGAACCAAAUUAACCGCAAUUUGGAUCGAAACGACUCCGCGCUUCACCGCGUUCACGGAAACCAAGGGAAUGGUCGCAUCGGUGGUCACGGUCGAGGCCAAAUGAAGGGCGCUAGAAAUAAUAUGGGCCGUGGUGGUCGCCAAAUGGGCGGUAAUAUGGGAAUGCAAGGCAACAUGAUGACCCCCGAGAACCAGAUGCAGCUCAUGCAGAUGCUGGAACAACAAGCCCAAAUGAUGUCCCAGCUCAUGCCCGGCUUUGUUCCCCCCGCCGUCAACCCGGCUUUCCAGAACGGCCAGCAAAGUCGCUCGUUAUUUGACCGUGUCCAGCGUGGUCAGCGUGGUCAACGUGGAGGUGGCAAUUUCAACAAGCGCGGACAGAACCAGCACAACAAGGGUGGAGAGGCAACCGAUGCCGAUAUGGAUACUGCGAUGGAUGGCGCGCCAAGCGCCCAAGGCGAGGCCGAGGGCGUUUGCCGUUUUAACCUCCGAUGCACACGAUCCGACUGCCAGUUUGCUCACCAAUCUCCCGCCGCUCCCGAGGGUACAUCCGUCGAUGUCUCUGACGUCUGUUCCUUUGGAGGUGCCUGCAAGAACCGAAAAUGCACUGGCCGUCAUCCCUCACCAGCCGUACGAUCUGUCCACCAGGCUGAGGAGAUGUGCAGAUUCUUCCCUCACUGCACAAACCCGAACUGCCACUUCAAGCACCCCAGCAUGCCGCUCUGCAAAAACGGCGCCGACUGCAAGACCGAAGGCUGCAAGUUCACCCACCUGGACACGGCCUGCAAAUUUAACCCGUGUAUGAACCGCACAUGUCCGUAUAAGCACGGCGAAGGCCAGCGCGGCAACCUUGGUGACAAGGUUUGGACGCCGAAUUCCGGGAACCACGUUAGCGAUCGCAAAUUCGUCGCCAACGAAGAUGGCCCAGAAGAACUCAUUAAGCCCGACGGCGAUGGCUCCCAGAACCCGGAGCUGACCGCGUGA